CCCCGCCCCGUGACAGCUAGCCAGUGACUGAGAGACCGCAAGAUGGGUUCUUCAUCUUUCACUUCCCUCCGUCCCAGGUCUGAACCCGGACCAGCUGGAGCCUUUGGGGGACCACGGAUUCCCCUUUAUACACACAAAGAUUUCUCUUGUCCGUCCUCGCCCAGCAGAAGGAGGCCCGAAGCUCUGCGCGACGCUGGCCCGCGGGGUGUGGGGGACUUUUCCUCUCAACCGCCGGUGACCUACGCGUGGGUGAACUGUGGGACGCCGGGCAGGCGACUUCUCCUCUCCGGGCCUCGGUUUUCCUGCCUAUCAAAUGGGGCUGAUGCCGGCGUGGGAUUUCUCGAGCGGUCGCGAGGGUUGAGGGUGGAGCCCCGGCUGAGCAAGCCAGCCGCGCACGCGCUCCGGGACGGAGGUCGGGGCUGGGGGACGUCGCCUCCCGCCCGCGCGCCCCCAGCCCCGCCCCGGCCCCGCCCCCGGCCCGCUUCCUCCUCCCGCGGGCGGCCCAGCCCUCGCGCCCCGCGCUCCGCGGGCAGCCCCCUGCCGCCGCGCCAUGUCCGUCGGCUGGUUCCGGCGCCGCUUCCUGCCUGGGGAGCCGCUCCCCGCGCCGCGACCGCCAGGGCCGCGUGCCAGCCCAGUCCCCUAUCAGCGGCCCCGCUUCCUGCGCGGCUCCUGCUCCAGCCCCGGCGCGGCAGAAGCUUCGCGCCGCCCAGAUUCCCGGCCCGUGCGCAGCCCCGCGCGAGGACGCGCGCUGCCUUGGAACGCAGGCUACGCCGAGUGAGUGCCCCUCCCGACCCCUGGCCCGGCCCCGGCCUGAGCCCGCCUCGGGUCCAGUGCCGGCCUAGAAAGCGGGAGGAGCUGAGAUUAUCAAUGCAGAGAAAUCUGAAUUCAAUGAGGAUCAAGCCGCCUGUGGGAAGCUGUGCAUCCGGAGAUGAUGAGGUGAUCGGGCGGGAGCUGGAGGCCUCAGGCCAGGUGGGCGGCUGCACAGCCCUGGUGGCUGUGUCCCUUCAGGGAAAGCUGUACGUGGCCAAUGCUGGGGAUAGCAGGGCCAUCUUGGUGCGGAGAGAUGAGAUACGGCCACUGAGCUCCGAGUUCACCCCAGAGACUGAGCGGCAGCGGAUCCAGCAGCUGGCCUUUGUCUACCCUGAGCUUCUGGCUGGUGAGUUCACCCGACUGGAGUUCCCUCGGCGGCUGAAGGGGGAUGACUUGGGACAGAAGGUUUUGUUCAGGGAUCACCACAUGAGGGGCUGGAGCUACAAACGUGUGGACAAAUCGGAUCUCAAGUACCCACUGAUCCACGGACAGGGUAGGCAGGCUCGGUUACUAGGAACACUGGCUGUCUCCCGGGGCUUGGGAGACCAUCAGCUCAGAGUCCUGGACACAAACAUCCAGCUCAAGCCUUUCUUGCUCUCUGUCCCACAGGUGACUGUGCUGGAUGUGGACCAGCUGGAGCUACAGGAGGAUGAUGUGGUUGUCAUGGCGACUGAUGGACUCUGGGAUGUCCUGUCCAACGAGCAGGUGGCAUGGCUGGUGCGGAGCUUCCUCCCUGGGAACCAAGAGGACCCACACAGGUUCUUGAAGCUGGCCCAGAUGCUGAUACACAGCACACAGGGGAAGGAAGACGGUCUCACAGGGGAAGGGCAGGUGUCCUACGAUGACGUCUCUGUGUUCGUGAUUCCCUUGCACAGUCAGGGCCAAGACAGCAAUGGCCCCUGAGGAUUCAGACACUGUAUCCCAGAACUGCUCCAGUGUUUGGGUGUGGUCUGGGCAUCCUUCCAGUGUGACCAAGAGCAAAUCCUGCCCGCCCUAUCCCCAGCCACAGCCCAGUGCUCUCGGUGGUUACCUUGACACACAUCCAUCUCAAGAGGAACAUUUAUACCAGGCAGUCAGAGCUGGAAGGGUGUGGUGAGCCCAGCCCACCAGGUCCUGACUUUUGCAGUGAUAACCUCUUUGGCAGAGUGACUUUACAACUUAACCAGGAAACCCAUGUGAGGCUCCUCAGACAGGAUCUUCAACAGCCCAAAGUAUCAUUCUCAGAUAGGGGCACCCAGGGUAAGAGUAUUAGCCAAAGAUGCCAGGAUGGGCAGCUAGCCCAUGUUUAAAUACAGGUCUCCAGUGCAUGGAUGUCAGGGCAUGUGUUCAACAACCCCUGAAGUCCAUGCAAGGUGCCUUGUAGAAACCUUUAGGCAGCCCCAUUUCUGCUAAAACAGCCAUCUUCAAGACAGCCCCUGAAGAGACCAACUCAGGUCCUGCCCUGCUGUCCUUUGCUGGAGAUGAGGAACAGGCUCUUGGGCUAAGGUUCAGGGUAGAGCACAAGGAACCAGAGAAGCUCCUGGAGUUGGCUGGGUGAGAGGGCUCUCCAUUUGCUGCUUGUAGUAGCCUGCCUGCUAACUGGUUGCUUCUCCCUAGUUCCAGCCCUGCCCUGGUCUGAUGCCCCAACUCUGCCUUUGCUUUGUUGUUCCCUCUCGCCUCCCUAUUAAAUGCUGUGUACAGAAGAGCCCUUGUGAAUUGUGAAUUGCUGU